UAAGAGCCAUCACAUCAUCAUCAUAACAAUCAGGAGUCGGUGUUGUUAUUGUUGUGUUUGAGAAGCGUGGUGGAAAAGGCAGCGGAAAAAGAAGUAAUAGUAGCCGAUAAAGUGUUCAAGCGGCUGGGCUGACCUCACAGAAAGAGAACAAUUGGGGAGAAGCCUUCAAGGAUGAGUCACGACGUGAUAGUGGAUGCAUUGCCCUACAUCGACACUGGAUAUGAUGAGCCUGGAGUCAGGGAAGCAGCCUUGGCCAUGGUGGAGGAUGAGAAAAAGAGGUACCGUCCCACCAAAAACUACCUGGAGCACCUCCCAGUCCUCAACCUUGCAGGUUUUGAGACUGAGGUGAUGCGCUGUGAAUUUGAAAGAGUGGCAGCAAGACAGCCCAUGGAUACACUCAGCAUGAAACGAUAUGAGCUGCCACCACCACCACCUGGCAAGAUGACGGAUGUUGCUGCCUGGGGCGAAUGUGUUGACAACUCAAUGGCUCAGUUGGAACACCAAGCUACCAGGAUCAUGAACCUGGAAUUGAUGAAUGAGUAUGGGUCUGAAUGCUGGAAGAGCCACAACACUAUACUGCAGAACAUGUUGACCCGCUCCCAGGCUCUCUUGCAGGACCUCAAGAAGGAGAUCCAGGAGCUGAAUUGGUCAAGGAAGAGCAUGCAGACCAAGGCUGGUGAGGAGCUGCGCCAUCUGGAGAGCAGCUGGGUGUCUCUUGUCUCAAGGAACUACGAGAUAGAGCAGGCCUGUGUGCUGCUUGAUGCAGAGAUUGCCAAGAUGGAGAGAGAGAAAGAGGCUGUUGAAUAGCUUUAAAUCAAUUUAAUUGAUACAAUAUCUGUGUUAGGCAUUUAAUAUUAUUUUAUUUAUAAAUAAAUGAUCAUACAUA